AUGGCUUCCAUCUACCAACUCAACCAACCUUCCAAUCCAUUUUGGGACAUGGUCAAUGGCAAUCUAGAGGACCAUCCAUUCUUUGCUCCUCGCGGCCACCGCGGCCACCACGGCCACCACGGACAUGGUCGUCGUGGAUGGGAUAAUUCCCAGCAGAGCGACAAUACCUCCCGGGGAGCUCAAGCAGCUAAACCCACUAAUUCCAACGGCAACAUGGAGAAAGACGAAGCAUCAGCGUCGGAAUCUGACUCCCCAGAAAACCACCACCAUCGUUGCGAUCACUGCGGAAAGGGUAACGGUAUGAGCAAGGGCCACAGGGGUCCAGGCCCAUUCCAUGGAAAGGGUGGCAAGGGAAAGCAUGGACAUGGCCCUCACACCGGGCUAUAUGGCUAUGGUCACCAUGGCCACCACAACACCUCCAAGGAGUUCUCACGCGAUUCCGAAGCAGUCGGCGAGCUCUCAGAGCCCAAAGCUAUUUCAUUCGCCUCUAAGGAGAAAAUUGAAACCUCGGCAUCGGACUCUGACUCCCCUGACAACCACCACCGCCGCCACGGCGAAAAGUCCAAGAAUAAGGGCCAUGGAGGCCCCGGUCACCAUGGACCAGGUCCCUUCCGCGGCAAGGGCGGCAAGGGAAGACACGGCCAUGGCCCUCACGUUGGGCCAUAUGACUUCCACAGUUCCGGCCAUGGCCACCUCCACGGCGCCGGUGCUUUGGGGGGCCCUGGGCGCGGCGGAAAGGGCAGACAUGGACAUGGACACGGUCCCUAUGCUGGUCCAUACGGCUUCCCGGGCCACCAUCACAACGCCAGUCCUCACGAUUUCGGGUUCCACGGACAGGGUCACCACGGAAAAGGAGGUCGAAGUGGUCGCGGCAGACACCAUGGCGGUUUCGGCGGUCCCUUCGAUUUCCUGCGCCAGUUUAGUGCAGGACUUGGUUUCCCCAUGGAUGGAGCUACUGCAGAGGGCGUUGACUUCACGCCUUCCGUUGACGUCUUCGACACUCCCACCAAUUAUAUUGUGCAUGUCUCACUGCCCGGAGCUAAGAAGAGUGAUCUCAGCAUUGACUAUGAUGCUGAUGAGUCUGUUCUGCAUCUGGCAGGUGUUGUUUACCGGCCCGGCGUCAAUGAGGAUCUGAACCAGGCUCUUGUUAUAGAAGAGCGGGCUCAGCACGUUGGCGUCUUUGAACGCGAGGUCCGUCUUGGGACUCGUAUUGCCCCGGCUUUUGUCAUUGUUGAUGAGAUCUCGGCAAAGCUGGAGGAUGGUGUUUUGAAUGUUACUUUGCCUAAAAUUGUCCAGGAUCCUGAAGUUGGGAAGAAGAAGGUUUCUGUGGAGGAUGGCGAGUUGGAGAAUGAAAAGGACGCCAUGGCUAUGGAUGAGAGGACUCUCACUCCGGUGGAAUCUGAAGAGAGCGAUGUUGAAGAUGGCGACGCGAGAGAGUAUGUCAAGGUUCAUGUGCAGUGA